UCUGUCGCAGACAAGGCGCGCAAGGCGGCCAAGCAGAUGGAAGCCGGACCGCCAGGCAGUGUGGAUGGUGGCAUCGCCCGUGAGCUCGCCGAGCUCAAGCGCAAGUACGCCGCCCUCCAGAAGUCCCAGGCCGUGCCCACUCCCGUGCCUGCGCCUCCGCCCGAUCCGCUCGAUCUUGAGGUACAGCGCUGGGAAGGUAUCGUUGCCCAGUUCGCCAAGUCUGGCUUGGGCGCUGACGUCCCCAGCCGUGUCAGUGCCGAGCAGUCUCUGGCCGCGGCGCGCAAGGCUCGGAAUGAUGCCAAGCCACAACUUGCACGCCACACCACCCUCGGGCACAAGCUGCAGGAUGCGAUCAAGCGCCAUCAGAAGCUCGAGUCCGACGUCAGUGCGCAGGUCAAGGUCGUCGAGGCCGCCGAGGAGCACCUCCGUGAGCUCAGGGCCAAGGUGCUGGCCGCCAAGGACCUGGUGGCUACCCUCCAGGAGGAGCUGCGCGAGUCUUGCCCUAAGGACCUGCGCCCUGAAGGGAGUGAUGCUACCUCCUUCGUGCUGCCCGACCUCCCGACCACCGUGCUGGAGGCCGACGCCGACCUCAAGGCCAUGGUGGAGUCGCCUGUCUUUGACAAGUUCAAGGAGGCUGUGCGUGCGGCUGCUGCCGCCCAGGCAGCCGCCGCUGGCCCAACCGUCGGGGAUGAGGGCACCGACUGUGGUGAAUCGGUUCCCGUCCCUGAGGAUGAUGAUGUGUACCUUGACGUCGACGAGGAAGGCAUCUCCCAGGUCAUCUCCACUACCAAGUUUGCUGGUGACAAACGGGAGCUCCAGGAGUUGUUCAAGUCCCUCGGCCUCGUCACCAAGAAGCAGCGGAAGAAGUUGCCGCCGACAUCGACGGCGACACAGUUCAUCGAGACUUUCAAUGGCUCUGGGUGGUCCACGCUACGUGAGCGGCUCACCACGACUACCAGUGUCAUCGUGUGCGCCCAGGAGCUUGGCUUGUCCGAGCUCACAGCGCCCCAGUCCCUGGCCGCGGUGCGCGCCCUGGGCUGGCGAUUCCUCAUCAGUGAGUCGUCCUUCAACCCCGCGACGCAGAGGUGCUCGGCUGGGGUUGGAGUUUUUGUUCGUGAUGGGUUUGGCUUGCGAUGGACUGACCCAGCGUGCAAGGCUAUUGUGCCACAUCGUGCCAUACAGGUUACCAUUGACCUCCCUGGUUUCUCGUUCAACAUCGUGUGUGCCUAUUUCCACGUCAAUGACGGCAUGCGUGAGAAGAAUCUGUCCAUGCUCAGCGCGAUCGGCGCCAAGAUCAUCCAGCCUCCGCUCACGGUCAUUGCGGCAGAUUGGAACAACUCACCUGCCGCCGUCGAGGCCACGGGCUUUGUGCAGAAGGUCAAGGCCGUCAUCAUGGCGCCUGCUGCAAUCACCUGCCGUACCAGUUCGUCUACGUCCACGAUUGAUUUCUUCGUUGUAGGGCAUGCUCUGUCUACGCUGGCUGCCAGCAUCUUUGUGGACAGCACGUGGCAUGUUA